CGUAAUCACCUCGUCUCCCUUGCGAUCGUGAGGCGAGUUCGCACGAUCCCUAAUUUCCUAUUCUCUGUUCCCUUAGCUCCCAAACUCCCCAUUGCAAGUUGCACCGGCAGCCGGCGCAUAGUUCUCCAGGCGCUGGACGCAGCCACGCACGAUGCACAUGCACAUUGCCCAAUCCCUCGUGAUUUACAUCGCCGAGCGCCUUCAAUCUCCACUCUCCAGAUGCUGGGAACACACGAUUGAGUCCCAGAUCCUGCCGGUAGUCCACAUCGUGGCAUCGUCGAGUGUCCGAUCACCAACACCGAUCCGAACCCCCCGGCCGUAUCCAGAUGAGUAAAAGGGUGUGAUCUAUGUGAGAUAUUAGGAAAUUGUGUAUUAACAAUUGGAUUACUAUUCCUUAUUUCAUAUAUAUAUUUUUUACCUCCAAUAAUUAGCAGGAAUUCACAUUGUUGCUAAUUAAAAUUUGCCUUCUCGUACAAGAUGCAUAGCACUUUUUAACUUCUGAUGCAUUUUUUUGCAGCUCAAUGUGUUAUCCUGUGGUUCAGAAAGUAUGCAUGUCGUAAUGAAACAAGAAAAAGGAAACACGAGGUUGACUUGAUACAAUCACAAAGGAGUGAUUCACAAGUUUCUCAAGGAUAAUACUAGUGCUUCGAUUAACCCAGAUGCUGAGUCCAUGAUAGUUGCCUGGGUGCAAAGAAUUGUGAAGGAAUUGCUGGGUGGGAUUGACAAUGAUCUCAUCGCAAGUGACUUUGCAUUGAGUAAUGUGAGAAGAAUUUUUUAAAGGCCGCCCGGACUUGGUGCUUGCCUUCUUCUGCCGCCUCCUCAGGUUGGGGCUGAGCUUGAAUGUCACCUCCUUCAACAACCUACUCAAGGGGCUCUGCAGUCAAAGCGUACAAAUGAGGCUUUGGACGUGCUGCUCCAGCGUACGCCCGAACUAGACUGUGCGCCUGAUGUCGUCUCGUACAACAUAGUAAUCAACGGCUGUUUGAAACAAGGUGAAGUGGAGAAAGCGUGCAAUCUCUACCGUGAGAUGAUCAACCUGGGAGUUCAACCUGAUGCGGUGACCUACAGCUCAUUUAUCAACGCACUAAGCAAGUCCGGAGCAAUGGACAAGGCAGAAGUGGUCCUUCGGCAAAUGGUUGAUCAAGGCAUUGUACCCAAUAUCAUUACGUAUACUAGUCUGAUCCAUGAAUAUUCCACUUCGGGUCAGUGGAAAGCAGCAGUUAGGAUAUUCAAAGAAAUGACAAGUACCGGUGUUCGACCAAAUUCUGUCACGUUGAACUCAUUUAUUGAUUCCCUUUGCAAGCAUAGAAAGACAAAGGAAGCUAGAGAUAUUUUUGACUCCAUGGCCGCAAACGGCCACAAACCUGAUAUUUUCUCCUACUCUACUUUGCUUAACGGGUAUGUGAAAGAAGGAUGCUUCGAUGAUAUGACUGAUCUCUUCAAUUCGAUGGUACGGAAUGGUAUUGUACCUAACCACCAUGUUUUCAACAUACUGAUCAAUGCAUAUGCUAAACGUGGACUGAUGGAUAAGGCUAUGCACAUGUUCGAAGUAAUGAGGCAACAAGGAGUAAACCCAGAUGUAUUUAGCUAUCAAAUUGUAAUGGAUUCACUUUGCAAAAUGGGCAGGAUGGAUGCCGCUCUGGACAAAUUUAAUCAGAUGGUCAAUCAAGGAGUUUCACCUAACAAAGCUGUUUACCAAUGCCUGGUUCUGGGUUCUUGCUCUCAUGGUCAUUUUGUGAAAGCCAAGGAAUUGAUCUCUGAAGCAAUUAAUAGAGGUCUGUAUUCUAACAGUGUGUUCUUCUAUCGUGUAAUAAACGACCUUUGCAAAGAAGGAAAGGUAAACGAGGCACAGGAUAUGUUUGACUUCAUCCUAGGUAUUGGUCAGCGACCUGAUGUGAUUAUGUACACUUCACUGAUGGAUGGAUAUUGCCUUGUUGGCGAGGUGGAGAAAGCACUGAGUGUACUCGAUGCUAUGAAAUCUGCUGGCCUUCAACCUGAUGAUGUUGUAUAUGGUACACUUCUUAACGGUUACUGUAAAAUUGGAAGGAUUGCCGAUGGAUUGAGCCUUUUCAGGGAAAUGUCACUCAGCGUGGUUAAGCCCACGACUAUUAUAUACAACAUUAUACUGGAUGGGCUGUUUUGCUCUGGGAGAACAGUUUGUGCAAAGGAAAAUUUUGAUAUGAUGAUUGAAAGUGGCAUACCAGUGGGCGUUGACACAUACAAUAUAGUUCUUCAUGGACUUUGUAGAAACAAUUGCACUGAUGAAGCAAUAGAGCUGUUCAAGAAAUUAUGUGCUAUGAAUGUGAAGAUUAAUGUCAUAACACUCAAUACCAUGAUUUCUGCAUUGUUUAAAACUAGGAGAAUUGAAGAAGCCAAGGAUUUGUUUGCUACUAUAUCAGCCAUUGGGUUGGUGCCUUCUGUUGUGACUUACAGUGUAAUGAUGACAAAUUUCAUAAAAGAAGGGUUGCUGGCAGAUGCUGAUGAUAUGUUUUCAGCAAUGGAGAAGGCUGGCUGUGCUCCCAACUCCAGACUGCUAAAUCAAGUGGUCAGGGUAUUUCUGAAGAAUGGUGAAGUUGUAAAGGCUGUGACUUAUCUUGCUAAACUUGAUGCAAAACAGCUGUCACUUGAAGCUUCGACGGUUUCGUUAAUAGUAUCUCUCUUCUCAAGGAAAGGGAAAUUAAGGAAGCAUGUAAAAUUGCUUCCGGUAAAGUACCAGCCUCCUGAGAUGUUGGACUGACAAUUGAUACAGUAUUACUUGGUACUUCGUACAAAAAAGCAAGUGCAGAUUUGAAAAAGAAGAGAAGAGGAAGAAUCUUGAGGAAGGUUUUGGUGAAUAACAAGAUCUUGUUUCUUGUCCUCUUGGAUGGCUAUUGUUGUAGUAAAAACUGAGCGGCGGUUUUUGUAACACACAGCAGUAGUGGUUGCAUCGAACAAGAGAUCUGUUUUUACAUGGAUGUUCUCAGUCAAAUGCCAAAGAAUGCAAAAACAAGAAGACAAAAAGGCUCGCUCCACUUCGUGCUAAAGCUACUUCCACAUAAAUGGAAUUAGAUUUUAAUGAUCCAUCUUGGAAGCAGAAGUUUCAGGAAGACUGGAAUGAUCAUUUUAAUUUGCCACAUAUUACAGAUAUAUAUGACUUGAAAGUUGAAACCAAGGUCAACUACAUUCUCACUCAAGAAAACGAGGUUCUGUGCACCCUCUCUCCUUUGUCAUCUUUGUAUUAGCUAUGCAGCAUUUCUUAUCCAACGCUAUCUAUCACCUAUGGAUAUGUGGAAUGAUUACGUGGACAAUGAUACGAAAAUUCAGCAUGAUACCGAAAGACUCGGCUGUCAAUUUGAUAUUUCACAUGUCAUGCCGUUACAACCAUCAUUAAGCUGGGUGAGAUCGAUUACUCCUCCUGUACAGAAGAUAUGUUGUUGUAGUCUUUAAGACAUUGGCAAUCAGCAGGCAUCAUUGCACAGCUUUGAUGUUAGCUUUCAUAAUAAUAUGUUAUUUAAACAAUAAAUAAUAUACAGAGUUAUUUGAA